CCGAGGGCUGGAGCUCCGUCGCUGUGCGGUUUGUUUUCUGAGAAACGCGCAGGCGUGGAGAGCUUCCCCGGAGCAGCCGUGCAGGAAGCCCCAGGGAGAGCCGGGGCAGGGCAGCCGCUCGGCUGCACGGGCCACAAGGACUUAGUCUUUUUGCGUCCAGAGCCCGGACCGGGGCACUGGCACUGUCAGAUUGCCGCUGCGGUGACGUUGCUGCUGCAGGAUGACUUCCUUCCCGUCCCCGCUCCCCUCUCCGUAACCCACUGUGUUCGGGAAUCCCGUUCCAAGACGGCGAGUGCUGCUUGCUUCGCUGCGGGAAGGUCUCUUCUGCCCGGUGCUGGCCUGGGCUGCCUCUCCGUGGUGCUCCGGGACUCUUCCCUGGUUUUACUUCUCAGGGUACUGUCCCCGCUCUCCAGCCUGCGCUCUUCUCGGCUGUCCUCCGCCUAGUCGGCAUUGAUCGCUCCGUGGCUCAGCCCAGGUUCGCGCGCACCUUCGUUUCCUGUGCGUCCGAGUCCCUUCAGGACUCGUGUUCCAGUCUUGGCUUUGUCCGUCGUUUCCAGUUUCAGUGCUUCAGUCCCUUCCAGGGACCUCGGGACCCGCUUGCUGCGGAGGCGUCCUCAGAGUGCCCUGGGUGUGGGGUCCCACUGCACGUGCUCUGAGGGCUUCCCCCGAAGCCCCGCGACCUUCUCUUGCAUCCGCUGAGGAAUUUCUUCUGGAUUUAUUCUUUCUGUCAUUCUGAUGUUGGACGUCUCGGACUGACCCACGGAAUCUCUUGUUUUUACCCUCUUCGGUCACAUCAUUCUCAUUUUGGGGAGAGGGCUUCUUUUAUCUCCAGUGCUGUUCUAAGCUUUUCUUUCCACGGUUGAAGACCAUCGGGAGCUUAUUUGUCUGUUUUGUUGUCCGCGGUAGCUGCUUGUGUCACGAGUGUGCCAUCUUCUUGACUUGGAGGAUACCGAAAGGAUUUUUUCAUUUCUUAUGUUCCUUGAAUUCUUAUAUCUUGUAGUGUCGUUGUCGCCAUCUUCUUAAAAGUGUUGGCUUUGUACUUCGUAUGGCAAAGACUCCUUAAAUAUUGGUAAUUACUGUUGUUUAGGGCAAGAGGAAGUGGCAGAGAGUUCCGAGUCUGUGGGGCGGGUUUUGAAAACGUGCGGGUCUCCCCUCCAGUGACCGGGACCUUGUUACUGUGUGGGAUUUCAGGGGCCAGGUUGCAGAGCCUCUUCCUCUGGGUCUUAGAGCUGAGCUGAAGAAAGACCCCUCUGAUUUGGGGAUGGUCUGCCUGGUCUAGGGAGGGUUCUCGUACAGCUCUUCUGAGCCCGCGUCCAGCUUCUGGGAGCAGGCGCAGUCCGCGCUCUGCGGAGUGCCCUGGCCUGGCCUGCCCUGGCCGGUGUCGGCUUCGAGCCCACCUUCAGCUGCACCACUCCUGUGUGCUCCACACUGUGGUUUCCUUGGCCCUCAGGAGCCUCUUCGAGUCGCCCAGAAAUUUGCAAAGUAUCUUGUGUCUUACUAUCUUUCUUGUGGGCUUAUUAUUAUGCAAUUACCUUAGUGGAACAAAUAGAGGUCAACUUUGUACCAUUUGCUCUCGGGAGCAGGAAUUCCUGAGCCUAUUCUCGUCAUUCUGGUUCUUGCCAUUUUGCUCUCCUGCCGCCCUGCGGCCUUGGUAAUGGAUGCCUUCUGCCGUGGAAUGGGUGGCCUGACCACUGUCCCCGUGGCCGGCUCUGCGUUGCAGUGUGGGCGGAUGUCCCGUGUUCCUGCUGGCGGUUCUGGUUCCGCAGCCUUGGAGCAGGGCCAGCUCAGCCCUGGAAGGCCAGCCGUAGACACAAGUCACAAAGGUAGAUUCAGACUCGAGGUCGCCUUGGCACAGCAGCUUCUCGGGCCGUGUCACGUGAGGGUAGCAGUUCAGUGUGCCGGACGUCAGGAUCGCUUCUACUUAAGCAGGAAUUACACUUGAAGUGAAGUCUUGGUGCAUUUUAGUCAAUUACCCUUUGAAAAUUGUGCGCAGUGAAGGACGUCCCCGCAUCUGUCAGGGCUGUCGGGGCCCACACAAUGACCUCGCCAGUGCUGGGUGUUGCCAUUGCUGGGUGUUUCGAGGAAAAGGCAAACCCUCAGGCACCCACCACACGUGGAAUCGGAAUCUGCAACUUUGUAAACUUUUCCUUUUGCGGUAAUUUUAGAUUCACAGAAAAGUUGCAGAAAUAGUUAAGAAAACUUUCCUGUUCCCGUCACCCACUUCUGGUAAUGCUGAGUUCUUACACAUAACCAGAUAUCCUAAAAAUCAGAAGGUUAACAUCAGCACAGUACUGUUAGCUAAACUACAGACCUAAGUGAAUUUCAUAAGUUUUCCAUUAAUACCCUUUUUCUGUUUCAGGAUUUAAUCCAGGAUACCAGUCCGCACUUAAUUGUCCUGUCUCCUGAAGUCUCCUCCAAUCUGACACUUACAUAGCCCGAGUAUCUCUCCCAUAUAUUCCUACAUUACAAAGGGAAACAUGGUAACUUCACUGUGGAAAAAUCACCUCCUUAACAUCACCAGUAAUAACACCUACGAUGUCACGCACCCCCGCUGAUAACCCGAGUCACACGUGCGUGUCCAUAGUCCAGUCCCGAGAGAGCCCGAAUGGAGGGUCAUUCACCAAACUGUUAAUGGGUGUUCCUUAAAAGUAUCUCUGUCUUGAAAGACCCAGAAAGACCCAGAAUUUGCAUUUAAAAAGAUGGCCGGUGUGGUGUAUGCACUUGGAUGCUGAAGCAGUACUUCCUGUGCGAGACAGUCGCCAAGGAGGUCGGCCAGAUAAAGAACCACAGUCUUGUGGACUGGAAAAUGGGUGCUUCAGGGACGGGGUCUGGGCGAGCUCGUGAUGGCAUAGCUGGAUAGCCGGCAUCUCUCCUUAGCGAUCGGGUGCACCGCGCGAGUCCCGACAGCUGAGCUGUUCAGUAAAUACGGGACCCACAAGACGAACCUGGAAAGGUGCACUAACUUGACCGGUUCAGCCGUUCAGAUCUGGGAAAGGAAACGUUUUUCUUCUCUUUUUUUGGAAGAAGCUCCUGGAGGAAAAUACACAUGAAGGUUUUCAGUGAGAUUGACUCAGAUAAAAGCUUUAGAAAGUCCUCCGUAUGACAGGUGGCAGAAACCCAGUCCUGCGUGGGUUUGGUUCCUGCCCACUGCCCGGCCACUCUCCACUCCCUCUGGAUGAUGUCCGAACAGGACCUGGCGGACGUGGUGCAGAUCGCCGUGGAAGACCUGAGUCCCGGUCACCCAGUUGUGCUGGAGAACCAUGUGGUGGCGGAUGACGACGAGCCGGCCCUGAAGCGCCAGCGCCUGGAGAUCAACUGCCAGGAUCCCUCCAUCAAGUCAUUCCUGUACUCCAUCAACCAGACGAUCUGCUUACGGCUGGACAGCAUUGAGGCCAAGCUGCAGGCUCUCGAGGCCACGUGCAAGUCGUUAGAAGAGAAGCUGGACCUGGUCACCAACAAGCAGCACAGCCCCAUCCAGGUCCCCAUGGUGGCGGGCUCCCCUCUCGGCGCGACCCAGACGUGCAACAAAGUGCGAUGCGUCGUCCCCCAGACUACAGUAAUACUCAACAAUGAUCGGCAGAACGCCAUUGUAGCCAAGAUGGACGACCCCUUGAGCGGCAGGGCGCCGGAGUCCCUGGAAAAUGUCAUUAGCAACGCGGUGCCGGGGCGACGGCAGAACACCAUUGUGGUGAAGGUGCCGGGUCAAGAGGACAGCCACAACGAGGACGGGGAGAGCGGGUCGGAGGCCAGCGACUCCAUUUCCAACUGUGGACAGUCAGGAAGUCAGAACAUCGGCAACAACGUCACUCUCAUCACCCUGAACUCGGAAGAGGACUACCCCAACGGCACGUGGCUGGGCGACGAGAACAACCCCGAGAUGCGCGUACGCUGCGCCAUCAUCCCCUCGGACAUGCUGCACAUCAGCACCAACUGCCGCACGGCCGAGAAGAUGGCCCUGACGCUGCUGGACUACCUGUUCCACCGGGAGGUGCAGGCCGUGUCCAACCUGUCGGGCCAGGGCAAGCACGGCAAGAAGCAGCUCGACCCCCUCACCAUCUACGGCAUCCGCUGUCACCUGUUCUACAAGUUCGGAAUCACGGAGUCCGACUGGUACCGGAUCAAGCAGAGCAUCGACUCCAAGUGUCGGACGGCCUGGCGGCGGAAGCAGCGAGGCCAGAGCCUGGCCGUCAAGAGCUUCUCCCGGAGAACGCCGUCCUCAUCUUCGUACAGCGCCUCAGAGACCGUGAUGAGCACCCCGCCCCCCACCGGUGAGCUGCCGCAGCCCCCGCCACAGGCCCUGCACUACGCCCUGGCUGGCGCCCAGCAGGUCCAGAUCCACCAGAUCGGAGAGGACGGACAGGUCCAAGUAAUCCCACAGGGCCAUCUCCACAUCGCGCAGGUGCCGCAGGGCGAGCAGGUGCAGAUCACGCAGGACAGCGAGGGCAAUCUCCAGAUCCACCAUGUGGGCCAGGAUGGGCAGGUGCUGCAGGGCGCCCAGCUGAUCGCCGUGGCCUCUUCCGACCCCGCUGCUGCAGGCGUGGACGGCUCGCCCCUCCAGGGCAGUGACAUCCAGGUCCAGUACGUGCAGCUGGCUCCGGUGACUGAGCACGCCGCUGCGGCCCAGGCGGCCGAGACCCUGCAGCCCGGCCUGCAGCCCGAAAUGCAGCUCGAGCACGGAGCCAUCCAGAUCCAGUAGGCGGGACAGGCGCCCCCCACCCCAGGACCUAAGACGGAGCCGCGGCCGUGCUCUGUGCCGGCUCCAGCCUCCCGCCCCGUCCUGCGGCCCCGGCCCCACGGCUUUGCACGGAGGGGACUGCACGUGUUCCGUUCGAGUGCGUCGGAAAGCCUCACCCGCGCGGACGGGGGGGGGUCCCGGUCAACACGGGGUGCCGGUAACAGCCACCGCCCCUGCCGGAAGACCCUUCCUUUUGCGUCCCACUGUUGGUGUCCAGAGAGAGAGUGGGGAGGCACAGCGUGGAUUGCGUUAAGUACGUGCGGAAAAUCAAGAACUACGAUAUUUUUCUCUGUUCAAACAGCUUUUUUUAAUUUGCUAUGGUGUUUAUAACAAAAGAGAAAAUUGAAAAAAAAAAAGUGGAGUAGCAGAAGCCUUUUGCUGUGUGCUCUGUUCCGUGUAAUGAGAAUAGGUAUUUGCAAAAGACAACUAACGAUUUUGAUGGAAAUAUUGCUUACCUACUUUUCUAGGGGGAAAUGCUCUCAACACUGUUAAUUAUGCAUUUCUAAUGAAAUAAAAUGUAUUUAUGACCACA